ACUUCACCGCCAGGCCACGCCCCUCCCGCCGUGCCCCGCGGCCGGAAGUGACGCGCGGCGCGGGGAGACGUGUCGGAGCGGCGGGGCCGGAACGAUGAUCACGGACGUGCAGCUCGCCAUUUUCGCCAACAUGCUGGGCGUCUCGCUCUUCCUCCUCGUCGUGCUGUACCACUACGUGGCCGUGAACAACCCCAAGAAGCAGGAGUGAGGGGACCCCCGAAAGCCCCGGCAGCGCUCCCCGCCCGCCCUCCGUCCCUCCGGGCCGCACGCGAUGCCCCGGCCGCGCUGGGCGCGGGGCCGCGAGAGGCGCCAGGCCGAGCUUAUUCCAAACCGGUUUUAAAGGAAACACGAUGAUACAAGACUAAA